GCCAACGCCUUCUCUCGCCGCCGCAUCCUAGUAGCAAAGCCCCAAACCUUCCUAGAUCCUGCAUCCCCCUCCAUAUUCGUUUUCCAGCGUAACGCGGGACACUCUAACCCCUUGUUUUUCCAUUACGGCGUCCGUUCCAUGCUUGUCGUUUGCCUUCACACCGCCGAUGCUAACCCUCACCCCCACUGCUAACUACGAGGCUUCGUUUUCUGUUGUGUGUUUUCUGGCUUCUGUUCCGAAGGGGCUCAACACAGUCUUCGCACCAAAGAAUUGGUGGUAAGCCACUGAAACCCUCUUUCAUGACUACUUCCUCGUUCCAAAUGGCGCUCACGGUGAUGAAGAUGCAUGUGAAAGAGGCCUUUCAUGGCCGAUGCGUACUUUUCCAAAACCUUUAAGAAGUCCUGAGUGAGCCUAAAUUAGAUUAGAUUAUUGUGUGUGUAUGGGCAUUCCUGCCACGGGAAUAUGGCUCUUUCGGUCUGUUUCUCCUGUCCAAGGAUUGCCAACAGUGAGCUUUUCAGCCAACUGAUAGGAAGCUCUUAAUGCAUUUUCCGUUGCUUGAGAGUGCCAUUUUUUGGCGAUUACAUUUGAAUCCCUAGACGGAUUGUUGCCUCGUUGUGUGCUCAUCUGACCUUGCUAUCCUUUUCUACUGAUGUAUUUCUAUCUGCUUGCCCAUGUGGGACUCACGUGAACGUUACUUACAUUUCCUGUUGCACCUCUUUGGCUGCAGGCUGGUGCUUGGAAGGUCUUUCGUUCAUGUGAAGUAUUUGUUGAAGGUUGUUCGAAGAACUUGCAUGUUUUACAUCUCUUCGCUUCAUUGAAGGAUUUCUAUCAAAAUGUUCCUGUGUUUUAGACAUUGGUAUCCGUGGAAUUCUAUUAUGCAAUAUAAUCGGUUGACCUUGCUUUGCUUAGACGCUAUUUAGAAACCAUGCUCCAUUGAAACUCGACGGAAUUGUGCGUGAAGAGGUAAUUUUACCUUCUGGGCUUGGAUCACUCGUUAGAAGCACAGUUGUUCCUGACAUGAUCAUCUGCAUACUGAAUCUGGUCGCCCGCAUACCUCGCCUCAUACGUCAGUACCAGCAGGAUCCUGUUCGUACUUACGGCCGGCUGUCCCUAUCCGCUCGGUCUUACGUUGGGUUGGCCCUCUGACGGCGAAUUCGUCCGAAUCUCACACUUCGUGUUUCUUUCGCCAGUGCCGAUAAUCGAUCUCCAAAUGCUGAUCGACUUGUGUAGUCACGACACGGGUAUUUUCCACUUCAGUGAUUGACAGACUCAAGUGCCGGCUAACCGUAUUGCGUGUCCGGAGGAUGACCUAGAAAGUGCCGUUUUGAGGUUAUUGGGGAUAUUGGAGUUGUUGAAGGAACGACUCGCGCUCACGAAUCUUGGUCCUUUCAUUCUUUCGAUUCAAACCUACAUGUCACAGCCAUUUUAGUGCAAACGCCGGCUUAGUACCUUUCUAGGUAUCCGAAUCCUCAGGGACUCUCAAGGGCUGCGAGAUACGCGCACUAAGUUUCACGCGUCGCUCUGCCGAGGCGAUCGACCUAUGCUGGAUGUGAUACAAACGAGAGCUUAGUAGUUCCUUAGGCUGGAGCCACUUGCGGACCUCGAGUAGGCUGCGGCUCGAAGCUAACAUGCGAUGCGGGGGACCUCUAAACCACCCCCGGCAUUCCUGCUGCGGGCAGAAAGAUCGCACGAACCUUCCCACCCGCCGUUGUUACAGUCACGUUCGAAUAAUUCAGUCAGGAUGGGCUCCAUCCGCGUUAGUAGUUGUCCUCUUAGCGAGCGUUCUUCUAGCGGGACGUGCAGUGAAGGGUCAAGGGGAGGAGGCGAUGAUGCCUGGCGAGGAGCGGUACCAGUGCAGCAAGGACAGCCAGUGGGUGGGAUUCGUGGCGGAUUUGAGCAUGCUGCAGCAUCAGCUUCGGGGAACUGUCGAGAUCCUAGACGAUUGCUCGUUCAAGGUGACGCGGUUUGACAUGCUGCCAGGGAAGGACGUGUACUGGUGGGGAGCGGCGUCCAACUCACUCACCGACCUGCUCCGGGGCUUCCCUGUCUCAACCAAGCCCCUCCUGGGCACCUUCAACAGCCAGACGCUCGUGGUGCGCCUGGCAUCAAACGUGACCUGGGACGACUUCAAGCUGCUCUCAGUGUGGUCCCGAACCACCGCAUCCGACUACGGCCACAUAGCCCUAGAGAUCAUCGAGCCUCCAGCCCCGCCACCCGCCCAAGCCCCAGCUCCAUCCUUCUCCCCUGCACCCUCCUCCUCCCCCGCGCCUUCCCCCGCCCCUUCCCCACUCGCCCCAGCCUCUUCGCCCCAGCCCCCCGAACCUCUUAUCCCCGGCCCAGAUACCCCCUCCCCUGGUCACGCCCUUCCGUCAGAACCCUCGUAUACACCCCCGCCUCAGGCCCCACCCUUGCCCUCCCCCACACCGCCCCCUAAGCCGAGAGCCAGGCGGGGGGCGAGGCAGCCGACUAUGUUUGAUAACUGCAUGCAGCUGAGCCACCGGUACAGGGUGCGGUGGACGCUGGACGAGGAGAAUGGAUUCGUGGAUGUGGGGCUGGAAGCGGUUGUGGGGAGUGGGCCGCACUAUCUAGGGUUUGGAUGGGCGGACCCGGACAGUGUGACCAAGUUCAUGGGGUUUGCGGAUGUGGUGAUUGCUGGAUUCGAUGAAGUGGCGAAGCCCUUUGUAGAGGACUACUACAUCACGUCCUACGGGGAAUGCAACCUGGAGAAGAAGGUCCCAGAGGGGGUGUGCCCCGACCGUCUCUUGGGUGGCGGCAACUCGUCUCUCGACAACGUGGAUCUGAUCUACGGCCACCGGGUGGACGGCAUAACUUUCGUCCGCUUCCGCCGCCCGCUUGUCAGCCCGGACAAAAGAUUUGAUCACGAUAUCGACGCGGAGGACGAGAUGAACGUCAUCUGGGCGUUGGGGUCCUUAAAGCCCGUCCCCUCCCCAUCCUCCUCCUCCUCUUCCUCCUCCACCUCCUCCCCCUCUGUAGUCGGGGGUGUGGCAGGGGCAGCACACUCAACCCCCGCCCACCUCUUUCCGUCCUACCAUGGGGUACCCCAGGGGUCGUCUUUCGGGGUAGCGGUGCUGACUCUAAGUCUAGCUGUGGACGACUGUCAGAGUGUGCUAAACCCGGCUGUUAGCACGGGUGGAGCCGGGGGCGGAGGGGCAGGAGGAGGAGGGGGAGGAGCGGGAGGUGAUAGUGGGAAUGCAGAUGGAAAUGAGGAUGACGAUGAUGAUGAUGAGGAUGGGGUGGGGGGGGUGGUGGGGAGCGGAUGGGGGAAGGUCGUAGUCGCCGAUAGAGGCACGCUCAUCACAGUCACGUCGGGUAAAAGCACGCAUUACCCCAACCCCCCGUCCUUCACUAAGAGCUUCUACAUAAACGGGCACGAGGCGCCUGAGAUCAAGGUGGAGCGAGGCGUGCCGGUGCAGUUUUCGAUACAAGGCGGGCAUGACUUACCGGUGUACAUCACAUCGGAUCCUGUGGGCGGGCGCUUCAACAGUUCGGAGAUUAUAUUCGCGGGCGGGGAGGAGGCGCAUGGCGUGCCUGCAGACCCGUACACGCUUCUGUGGAAGCCCACCAGCUCCACUCCAGACCUUGUGUAUUACCAGUGCUACUCGGAGCCCAAGAUGGGGUGGCGCAUCCACGUGGUGGACGGGGGUCUCUCCGACAUGUACAACCACAGCUUCCAGCUCGCUGAUGGGCUCGUCACCAUGUUCUGGACGCUCACUGCCGCCUCCAUCUCAGUCGCUGUCAGGGGCGAGCAUCCCUCUGGUUACAUCGCCAUAGCCUUUGGGAGUGGCAUGGUGAACUCGUGGGCGUAUGUGGGGUGGGUGGAGGGGGGCGAGGGGCGCGUGGCAUCGUACUGGAUAGACAGCAAGGACGCCAGGGGCGUCCACGCGGCCAGGGAGGCGCUGGACAUUACCAAGUGCAUGCAGGUGGACGGCGUUCUCACCUUUGAGUUCAGCCGCCCGCUCAAGCCACCCGACUCGGACUGCGACGACAAGUGCAGCGUCAUCGAUCCCUCUGAACCGCUCAAAGUGAUCUGGGCGUAUGGGCCCUCAUGGACCUCAGGCCACCUCUCGUACAUGAACAUGCAUACGGUGUGGAGCACCACGGUGACCAUCUUGGACCUGGAGACGGGCGAGGGCACAGUGGAGCAUCUGCAGCCGGUGUUUGUGGUGCACGGCUUCAUGAUGACCAUGGCGUGGGCCGUGCUCAUGCCCUUUGGCGUCCUGGCUGCUCGCUACCUGAAGCACAACGACUGGCUCUCCAUCCACCAGUACACGCAGUACUCUGCUCUCGCGCUCAUGCUCCUGGGGCUGCUCUUUGCUGUUGGUGAACUCGGCGGGAUCGAUCUCUCAUCCAAUCAUGCCAAGAUAGGGAUGGCAACCUUUGCCCUGGGCUGCUUCCAGCCAAUCAAUGCUUUCUUCCGCCCACCCAAACCCUCUCCUGGGGAGAGGCCCCAGAUGAAACGGGUCAUCUGGCAGUGGGUGCACAUUCUUUCCGGCCGGGGAUCACUCCUGGUGGGAGGCGCGGCGCUAGUGACAGGGAUAAUUGAGUUGGGCGAAACAGGUGGCGAUGACUACACGGUGGACAACUUCCUGUGGGCCAUGCUGGGCUGGUUCGCCAUCAUCGCUGCCUUUGUGUGGUUUGUGGAGCGCACAAGACGGCAAGACCAUGCCACACCGCAAGAGCUGGCCAACAUGAUUCGGCAUGACUGGAACGGGUCGUCGUCAGCAUCAUCGGACAUGCAUGUGACACAGCUAGACAGCGAGGACAGUGAGGACGACACCCGCACCCUCAUCCCCUCCACCGUCCGCUCCUCCUCCUCCUCCUCCUCUUCCUCCUCCACUCCUGCCCACACAUUCAGCUCCUCUCAACCCAACUCCUCUCAAAACGUUAAUGGAUGGCCUGGAUCUUCUGCCUCUCCUGCCCGGGGAAAUCCAUCUAAUUCACCUGCCCGGUUGGGCCCUACUGCUGCUUCACCUGCCCGGUUGGGCCCUACUGCUGCUUCACCUGCCCGGUUGGACCCUACUGCUGCUUCACCUGCCCGCAUGGCCAACUCUGCUUCCCCUGCUCACGGCCUGCCUGUGAUAAGGGAGGGGAGGGAGGCUUGGGUUGGUGGACAAGGGAAUAGGAGAGGUGGGUCGGCGGAGGAUCAUGAUGGGGAGAUAGAAAUGGGGACUAUUAAGGGUUGAAAACACUUAGGCUCAUAGUGUUUGGGUUGAUUAGUGUUAAUUUUUGUUUCUCAAGUGAAAGUUUUCAUUGCUGCCCCUCAAGUUGAUUGCUGGGCUGGGGGCACUGCCAAGGAA